UACAAUGUUUUUAUGGAGGCAUUCAACAACCGAAAAAAGGCCGCGGCUCACGUUAAACAAAUUUUUUCGCGGCAUCCCCAUUGACCUGUCAAUUCGUCUAGCUUGUUAGACAUAUUAGGAUUAAUUAAAUUUUGAUAUUAAAUACCUACUUGUUUCAGUUAAGAAAGCCGAAUAAAACAUGUCAACGGCAAGUCGUAAGCGUCCACUGCCAAGUUCUAGUAACCGUGGAAAGGUCUCAAGAAGGAAGAAACCUCUGGUCUCUGAAGAUGAGGAUAGUAAUGAUUCAACUACUUCCAAUCCACCAGCUGAACAGUCAAAACCUUCAACACCGGAGCCUGAAGAAUGUACCACUAAAUUACCUGAGGAACUACUGAAGACUUUCUACAAGACUCCUGGUGUUUUGAUGAUAGCCGGUCUGGUGUCAUGGGAUCUUACCGCCAGGAGGGACAACAAUCCAACCAAACGUACCCACCCGAACCUUUAUACAUUUCAUAAGUUCACCGAUCGUCGGUACCGACUUAUAGUCAGUGGGUGCACUGCAGGACAUUCAGUUUUGGUGUCCGAAGAGGGAGAAGCCUACACGUUUGGUCGCAAUGCGUGUGGUCAACUCGGCUUCGGAGACACGGUGACACGGAGCGUUCCCGAGCUAGUACCAGAGUUGAAGGGCAAGAACAUCAUCCACGCCGCAGUUGGGAGACACCAUACAUUGUUUGUGACCGACACUGGCUGUGUAUACGCUUGCGGGGACAACAAGAGCGGUCAGUGCGGACUUGGGAAUACAACACCUCAGAUCUUGAAACCAACUCGGAUUAAAUACAAUGGAACACCGAUCGUGAAAGUAGGAUGCGGUGCCGAGUUCUCUAUGAUACUUGACUGCAACGGGAACUUGCAUUCGUUUGGAAUGCCCGAGUAUGGACAACUAGGUCACAACACUGAUGGCAAGUACUUUGUGACUUCGACUAAACUCUCGUUCCACUUCGAGACUAUUCCAAAGCAGAUCACUCUAUACAUUCAGAAGUCGAAAGAUGGCUACAUAACACCUGUCAAAGAUGUCACAAUUGUCGAUCUGUCAUGCGGGAAUAAUCAUACAGUAGCAAUAGACUCAAUGAAGCGGGCCUUCAGUUGGGGUUUUGGUGGUUUCGGUCGCCUCGGUCACGCUGAACAAAAGGACGAGAACGUUCCGAGGCUGAUCAAAUACUUUGAUACUGUGGGCAGAGGCGUUCGGUCAGUUCAUUGCGGUGGUACUUACAGUCUUGCAGUCAAUGACCAGGGUGCCCUGUUUAUGUUCGGUCAAACAAAACGGACUGGAGAGGCCAACAUGUACCCAAAACCGGUCCACGAUCUCACCGGCUGGAACAUAAAAAGUGUCGGCACAAGUAACACAUCCAUAGUAAUAGCAGCGGACGACUCACUGAUUGCUUGGGGUGUAUCACCAACUUAUGGGGAAUUGGGCAUGGGCGAGAUAAAUAAGUCUACAGCCAAGCCUAAAGAAGUGAGCCGUAUGGAUAGCCUCGGCAUAACCCAGGUCGCCAUGGGUUAUUCUCACACACUCCUCCUGUGCGAUAACAAUAUAGAAGAAGUUAAGCAGAAACUGGACACUAUCCCCGCAUUCGAACCAUAGACCCCGCGUAACCAAUCUGCUCUUGUUGAUGGUCAUCCAUCACGCCCAUUUUUCAUGAUUUUUUAAAGUAAGUACUUUUCUAAAUUAAUUCCGGUUGUGAAAAUUGAGGAGUGUCUAUUCAAAAAUAUUUUUUAAAGAAAUACCGAAUGGUUUCUUAACUAAUAAGGGAUGAUGAAAUGGGAGAACUAGAAACACCUGCCUUGUUUUUUUAUUACUUUAUCCUUAUACAGUAUACCAUUGAAAUAAAUUAAAAAUUGUACUUGCAUUAAUACACAAACGGAAACUAUUAUUUCAAAUUGUUUAUUAAAUUACUUGACUUUGACAAAAAACCUCAAAUAAAGAGACGUUUAAGUCAACAUUUUUUUGGAAAAAUAUAUAUUUUGUGAGUAUAUAGUUUAUACAAUUUGUAUAAUCUAAACUCCUCGGUUGUUUAAAGGUCAUGACUUAUGACGCGACAUUAUACAAUCAGAAGUAAUGUAAAUGUUGAAAAAAAUUCAUAUGCCCCUUUUUAUAUCUAGUUACAUUAAUAAGACUGACAUAUAAUCAUAACUUUUUUUGUUUAAAACCAAAUUACGUAUUUAAUUCAGUUAGUAUGUGCUUUUCCGGAAUUGUAUAAAACGUUUGUAUUUCAAAUAUAAAAUAUUAAAAUUACCAUCAGCAAGAGCAUUUUUAAAUUAAAUGAUGCAGCCGAUUUCUUUGUAUGUUUACUAUAUUUUUGACUUGGCUUUAAGUAAUUGUCAAGUUGAUCUUUUUGACUGAAAUAAAAAGAUUUUGGUUUAAACUUCAAAUGUAAACUUGAUUUUUUAAAUCUUACUUUUUGUUAAGACAGUAAUUAUGUAGGGACAUCAAUUUUUAAAUGUUAAUAUGGGUUUUACUAUAAACAGCAUUAUAAUGUAAACAGUUUUAAUAUGAGUAUUAAUUACACUAUGCUGAUUUUAUUUGCAAAUAACAAAUACAUUAUUAUAAACAAAGAAAAUUUAGUUUUUAAUAUUUUUUUUAAUUACAAUAUUUAGUAUUUCACUCUUAUACAGAAAGUUUUAGUUAAAAUGGUGUAUUGAAGUAACACUACAGUUAUAAAUACAUCAACGUCGCAAGCAGUGGGCACUGAUUAAAAAUGAACAUUUAAUUUUUUUUAUAAAAUAAAAAACAGUUUAAUAAAUAUUUUUCUAGAUUCGCUAUAGUUAUUUUCAAAUAAUUAUUUGAAAAUCGCUUUUCAAGGUUAUGACGUCAUCAGUGGUCAUCCACUCAAGUCAUAAAUGAUUUAUAUUUUAUCUAAGAAUUUAAGUACAAUAUCUCACUAAAAAUAGCUUCAAUUGUUAUAUACCCCAAUGACUAUAAGUCUUUAAAACAUUCAAGUCAUUUCCUGCUUUGAGCUAAAACUAAAAGGUGUUUUGAGGUUAUCAAUAUGCUCAUAACAAUACUGACAUUUGAGUCGUACACAGAGUAUAUAACAAUAUAGGAUAUAGUAUCUGUUUAAAUAAAGCCAAUGGUGACGUCAUUUGAGAACAAACGUCCAAUAUUUUUUUACCUAAAUCUAGUUUUCUGUAGUCAGCUGGUAUAUUCUUUGGUGCGGUUUUUCAAUGAACGAAAUAAGAAAAAUGUUAAUGCCCAUAGUUAUGUUUUUAAACUAACUAGAUCAACAAAAAAACUGUGGAAUUAAUGUUUGAAUUGGCAAUUUAUUAUUAUUUAGCUUAAUUAUGUUGACUACUAUUGGCCAAAUGAUUGGAAUUGGACUAUUGUUUUAAUUUUACUUUUUGUAACCGCGUAACAAUACAAAUUUUCAAUUUAUCGUUCAUAUUAUUGUAUUUAAUACAUUGAUAUAUACAUAUGUAAUAUAAUCGACAAUAGGUACCAAACAAAAAAAAAACGUGACAAACAGACGAAAAUUGUAGUGACUGAUUUGUCUUUGCCUUUUUAAAUAUAGAUAGAUACCUCCACUACCUCAAAUUGGCAUAGCUAUGCUUUAGUAUAAGCAACAGAGAUCAGAUAAAAAGUUUAACUUGUGACGUCAUUAUAGAGGAAUCAGUAGACCGCUUUCUGUUAUAUAAACAACACAACAAUAUUGUUCGUAUAAAUGCGACAUUUAAAUGUAGUAGCAGUAUUAAACAACUUAAACCUAUGUAUUAAUUUAGGAGUCCUGCAUUAGAGUAUACUUAAUACUCAAGUUGUAAUUUCACUUCGACAAUCCUUCGGAAUUCGAGUCGAGUGACGACGACCACUUAUCCACAGACGGGCCGUAUGCUCGUCUUCGUCCUUAGGCGAUUAAAAUGUUUUAAAAACGUAAUCAUAAGCAAUAACGAUUGAAUAAUAAAAAUCAAGUUCACAUGAUAAUAUAAUUCAAGAAACCCAUGAAUGUAUUGCGACGAAACAGCCGGGUUAAGAAUGAAAAAUGACGUAUGAUCAUACAAAAGAAAUAGGCCACAAAUGCAUUCCAAUAUACGAAAAGAAAACAUUCUAGAAAUGUCGUAUACUAAACGUAACAUUAACAGUUAAGUAUUUAGAUGUUAAACUCUUAUUGUCUCCUACGAUUUUAUUGAUAUGUUUACAAUAAGCCGCUUUUAUAAUGUAAACAGUAUUUUUUUAAAUAUUGCCUUUUGUUCUUUCGGUCUUAGCAAUGAGCUACGUUUAGUUUGACUGACGAUUAUCGAAUAUUUUUUUAUUAAAAAAAAAAAAGCUCAACAUUUUCCAUUCUCAUUCCAUUUUAUUAUAAAUUCUGUAGGUUUUUAGGUAGUACUUAUUCGAUAGUUAAAUUUUAAGGAUUCGGUCUUUGUGUCAGCGGGUGAUUGUAGCUGAGCGAUUUUCUAUAAAAGCUAAAACAAUCAUAAAGCAAUGUCACGAUUUAAUUUAUCCUUGAUUUACAAAGGCGAAAUACAUACGGCCCCAUGUUAGAAUUCCUUGUUUAAUGGGUACCAAAGAUUGACAUCCACACGUUUAUAUAUAUAUACAUAUGUGAGAAUCGAACCCAUGAUCCUCGACUAAUAACUGCACCACCAAGUCAGUCAGUCUGAUUUCAGGCUUAUUAUUUUAAUUUAAUUAUUAUCUCUUCAUCGUCCUUGACCACGAUAAUUAUAAAUGUAACACCAUUACAUCGAUCGACUUGCGAAAACCGAAGAAAAAAAAAAUGCAGUUGUGAAUUUAAACAGUACGUUUUAGCGUAUUUACUUAGUUUAGCUUCUUGCUCACAUGGUUGUGUUUUUCUGUUUUAAUUUAGGUAAAAAAAAUAAUCGCUCCGCUACCUUCGCCCAUAAGUGAAAAUACCCAAUUUAUCAAUUAUUAAAGUAUAUUAUGUAGUAUAUACAUAUAGUAUAAAUGUAACUACAGGAACUUUUGUAAUAAAAAUGUUUUAAUUUAAAUAAAACCAGCAAGGCGUUUUAGCUAAAAUAUAUCAUUUCGAAUUUUUUUUUUAACAUUUAGUAGUAUGUUUUGAAACUGUUCUUAAAUUUAUUAAUAAAGAUAUCACAUUUUCCCGCUAAAUUAACAAAAUCUUACUAAGCCUGUGUACCAAAUAGUGUUUUAAAAUGUAUUGUAUACGAUCGAGGUAUCUAACAAUAUAUUUUUUUUAGAAAUGAACAAUUAAGAACUUAUAUUGUUUUUGUAUUAAAUUUCACAAUUUGUUUGAUUUAUAUAUUGAUUUAAGCAGCUUUAAGUAUUUUCAACAAAAAACUUGUAUAACUUGUUCCUAAAGAAAUAAAUAUUAAUCAACAUUCUACCUGAAUACUAAAAUGAAUAAUUUUAUAUUUAUGACUGACUGCUUUUGGCAUGUGUGUUACGUUUAAAAAUGGUUGUGAAUUGUGAAUAUAAGCAUAGAAUGGCCAAGAUCUAACUCUUGUAAUUUAAUCAGGAAUAAUCCACACAUCGUAAUAGAGGUUUUGGCUAAUUUUAAAUUUACUAUGCAAAGAUACAAUAGUUUAUCAUAACAAAACCUUCAUUUGGUUUAAUAGUGACCAAUUUUAAAUCUAAUUAAAACUAUAAAAACGAUAAUAUAAUUUAUUAUGCUAAUAACCAUUCAUCAUCAUCAUCAUCAUCAUCUUAGGCCUUACAGCCCAGGGUGGGCCUUAGCCUGGUCCAGUAUGUCUCUCCAGACUGCUCUGUUCAGGGCUUUCUCCUUCCAGUUCUUGACGCCGAUAUUUUUGAGGUCGCGCUCCACGCAAUCCAACCAUCGGAGUUUGGGUCUGCCACGACUUCUGCGGCCCUCUGGUUUGCCAUAGAGCAAUUGUCUCGGCAUUCUGGUACUCUCCAUUCGAACCACAUGUCCUGCCCAUCGUAGGCGUCCAAUCUUUAUAGUUGUUAUGAUGUUAGGAUCUUUGUAAACAUCAUACAACUCGUGGUUACAGCGCGUCCUCCAUAUCUCUAAUAACCAUUGGCGGCCUGUAAACAUUACUUGGAGAUGCUUUCGAUCAAUCAAAUAAUGUGCUAUCAGCGGUAUGAUACAAAAAAUAAUAGCCAACAAACAAAAUACAUAUUCCUGCAAAUGCUAUAUAUUUAUUUACAUACUUGUGUACAUGUAUCUCCCUUUUAAAGUUUAGUAUGAUCAUCUACAUUUUUUAUAACGAUUAAGAAUAUAAUAAUGUUGAUGUUAGUAGUAGAAAAAAAUAAUGUAAUAUUAAUAUAAAAUGGUUUUUAUGGAACAUUAAGAUUUAAAUUAAAAACUAUUUUAGUUUUCAGUUUUAUAAGAUCGUAUAUUCAUACUGUAUUUUAUUUUAAUAUUAGAUAUUUCCAAUUAUAUAUCAUUUUGUAAACUCGGUGUUGUACUUAUUAAAUAACUUUAAAUAUUAAAUUCAUUUAUAACAUUUCUUGCGUAUUACCAAAACUGAUGUUUAUAUUUAAAAAUAAAAACGUUACCAAAACCGAACACCCCUUACGGAAAUAAAAUGAACAAUGGUAAUCUAGUUUCUGUUACGUAAAAAUAAGUUAUCACUGUCAACAUAUGAAAAGAAGAUAGUUUAUGAUAAGUUUGUGUGAUUUAGUUAAUAUUCAUAAACGCCAAUGUAACUAACAAUUUUAAUUAUUGUUAUAACGGUUCCGUAGUUUUACAAUUAAACUAUUUAGAAUUUAAGCUGUUUCACCUCUUUAUAAUAAUAUCUCCACUUACAGGAAUUUUUCGGAACAUUUUUAUAGUUCGAGGGAAUUACAAUCUCAUUUGUGUCGAAUACGUUAUUAUUGUAAUAAAAACCUGCCGACGACCUUGAUUUAAUAAAUAAAAGUUUUCUUUUCUCUA